ACAUAUGGAAUUUCCAAAACCCAUAACGUGCAAGACUCCAAACUGGCGUCUUCAGUCGUGAACUGGCGAAGGAUUCAUCUCAUCAAAGAAAAGAAAUCUGACAACAGGCGUGACUGAGCUGUCCGAGGCCAUCAAUGUGGCUUACACGCAGUAAUUGACCUCAGCGACCCGGGUUCAUGCCCAACUCCACGGCACAUCCUUGGAGAUUCUCAUCCACCUCUGCCACAGGUGUACUUGUCGUGAGACCAGGCUCAGAUGUGGUGGCUCACGUACUGGUCCUGCAGCAACUCGAAGCUCAGAGAGUUCAGGCUGCUCAGCCCAGAUCGGCGCGAGGUUCCUCAGUUUUGAGACAUAGAACAAUUUGCGAGCUUGAAACGCUUCGAAAGAGCGGUUCUUGGGUGUAUGAACAUGGCAAGCAAAUAAAGAUGUAUCGCUUACAUUUCCAGAUUACGUCCAACUUAACCUCCUGUAAUUAUCACUGGACCAUAAGAGAAAUGGUCAAUAGUCGAUUUACUUACUUGCAAGAAAUCCUCUCCGUCGUGUGGACCAUUUGCUCAUGAGGGUUUGGUCCUAAACAACCAGGGCCGGAUAGAAACAUUGGUAAAGCGAGACUAAGAAGCAGAUCACAUAUACCUCAACAGAAUGCUUCGAGUCGAUAGAGCUUGAGGAAAGCAUUUCCGGCCUACAAGUUGCACAGCAUUGGCAGAACAGCGAACCACGUCCUGUCAAACCUGCCGGUCAACCCCACAGCAACUGCAUAUAUUGAUUGGGCUGUUCAGUUAUUCUUGAAUCAGCUGAACAUGUUUACGGCAGUGUAACAUCAGUUCAGUUCUAGUUCAAUGUCUUUUGUAAGACAGAUAGUCUAUUGUCCCUUAGCAUCACGG